UCUCGUACAGAAUUUCGUAAAUCCGUGAAAAAUAAAAGCAACUAAUUUCGAGUUUAGACUGGAAAAAAGUGGAAAAAACUGCGAAAAUUCUCGAGUUUAGCGAAUCGUGCGUCGAACGUGCCGCGUAAUUGUCUGAAAUUCGAGUGCGUUUGCACGAAAAUUAGCGAGAAAAUUCUUCGACACAUUUCGCUUCAUAAUACACACAAAAAAAAAAAAAUUUUUUUAGUUCAUCAUCGUCGUCAAAAGCAGCAGCAGCAGCAGCAACAACACAGUAAAAGAGACACAAACAGCAGCGAGCGAGAUAUAAAUGUUCGUAAGAGGAAAAUUUAGGUCAACGCCACAGUAAUAAUCAGUAUGAUGCAAAACCAAAAAGAUAAUUUAGAAAAUUUAAACUGCGAAAAACUGAUAAUAAGCCUAAGUGAUCUAAAGUUGAAAGAAUACGCACUGAUGUCGUCAUCGGAAAUUACACAGAAUCAGCAGCAGGAGCAACACAAUCACAUCAACAGCAACAACGUGAGUGCUGAUGCGUCGGAAAAUAACACAACGACGACAUCGCAGCCCCUGGGACGUCGCGAAAGCAUCGAGAACCAGACACAGCAACAAGAUAGCAAUCGUCAGCAAUCGGAAAACAACCAUCAUCAUCGACAUCGUCGCAAUGCGAACGACUUCCGUUUCGGACGGAGCAUCGGCGAAGGCAGUUUCAGCACCGUCUACCUCGCCAAGGACAUCCACACACACAAGGAAUACGCAAUAAAAGUUUGUGAUAAGAAACACAUCAUCCGCGAACGCAAAACGGAGUACAUCAAGCGCGAACGCGAAGUCCUCAACCUGCUAAACAACAGUCCGGGCUUCGUGAAUCUCUAUUGCACGUUCCAGGACGAGAGUAAUUUGUAUUUUGUUAUGACAUACGCGAAAAAUGGCGACCUGCUGCCGUACAUCAACAAAGUCGGGAGCUUCGAUUUGGACUGCACGAAAUUCUAUGCCGCCGAAUUGGUGCUCGCCAUGGAACAGAUGCACUGCAAGGGCAUCAUUCAUCGUGACCUUAAGCCAGAGAACUUGCUGCUCGACGAAAACAUGCAUAUUUUACUUGCGGAUUUCGGGUCGUCGAAAAUUUGCACUCCCACGGGAGCUCAUCAUCGCACCUUGCGAAAUGCCGAUUUGCAAGAAAAUGCUCAAAAUGCGCCGCCAAACGAUGCCGACGAGAAUAAUUCAAGUCGUCGACGGAAGAAUAGUUUCGUGGGCACGGCGCAAUAUGUCUCGCCGGAAAUUCUGAAUGGUCAACCUUCAUCACGGGCUUCGGAUUUGUGGGCUUUGGGAUGCAUAAUUUACCAAAUGUUGGCGGGAUUGCCGCCUUUUCGGGCCGGCUCCGAAUACCUAAUCUUCAGAAAAGUAUUAAAUGUCGAAAUAAGCUUCCCCGAGGGAUUUGACGCCGUCGCCGAGGAUCUCGUACAGAAGUUGAUCCGAUUGCAGCCCACAGAACGCAUCGGGUACAGUGACACUGGCACGCAAUAUGACUCGAUUCGGAAUCAUCCCUUCUUCGAGUCGAUAUGUUGGGAUACGUUGCGAACGCAAUGCUCGCCCCCAAUUUACCCCUAUUUGCCGGGACUCGAAUCCGAUACGGAUCAACGGAGGCAAUAUCAGGUCCCGGAUUACAUUGCGCCCGGACUGGGCGAAGAGCAAUUGCGAAGACUGAUCGGCAUGGAAAUCGGCACGUCGGAUUCUUACAGCAGUAUACAGGAAAUUAGUAGGAGCAGUACGGCGGAAUCUGUGUCAGCAACGGCGACGCAGCAGCAAACAAGCAGCAAUAACACAACAGAGCCAAAAACCAUUUUAGACAUAAGUGAUGCGGAGAGGGCACGUCGCAUGGAGGAACAAGCGCGCACGAAUCAAUGGCAUCCCUUUGCGGAUGGCGAACUUAUACUGAAACAGGGAUUUGUGAAUAAGCGAAAGGGAUUGUUUGCGCGUAAAAGGAUGCUUUUGCUCACGACAGGCCCGCGUCUCAUCUACAUCGAUCCCGUGCAAAUGGUGAAGAAAGGCGAGAUUCCGUGGUCUCGCGAAUUGAAAGUCGAAUCGAAAACCUUUAAAAUCUUCUUUGUGCAUACGCCGAAUCGCACUUAUUAUCUCGAUGAUCCGGCAGGGUAUGCGCUCCAUUGGGUCAAAGCCAUCAACGAAGUGCGGUACAAGACCUAUAAUAUCGACCCGAAAAAUGAUAACUAAUGAAAAAGAGAGAGAAGAGACAAAAAUUAAAAAAAAAAUGAAGAAUUAAGGAUCAAGUGGUGCAAAAAAAAAAUGUCUCUCAAACUAAAAAUAAAAUGAAAAAUUAAUGAAAAACAAUUAAAUUUAAAAGAUCCGUAGAUAGUGAAAUUUAAAAAAAAGAAACACUUGCUAAUAAUUAAAAAAAAAUUAAAGACUUAAAAAAAGAAACAUUUUUCUUCAAAAAAUAAAAAAAAAUAAAUUAUUAUUAUUAACCAUUGAUUUAAAUCCAAAAUCUAGUACAAUGAUGUAUAGAAGGAUGUCCGUUACGAGACAUGAAACAUAUAUAAAAAGAAGAAAAAAAUGCUAGAAAAAUGUAAAAUUUCUUUAAAAAAGAAUAAAUAUUGUAAAAAAAAUUAAUAAGAUAGAUAGAGCAAGCACCUAUACGUAUAUGCAUUAAAAAAAUAAAUAAAACACGGCUAGUUAAUUUUGUUCUCUCAUCCCCUUGCCUCCUUUUAAAUGAUAUUUUAAGUCCCCAAAAAUAUUUUUUUUGUUGUGAAUUCUUCUAUCAUAGAUUUAAAGUAAAUAAUAUUUAAUUUUAUCCAAUUAAUUCGAGUCAAU